AUGAAAGAUAAAGGAGUGGAAGUUUCAUUUGAUGCAGUUGUACAGAGAUUUAGCGAGAAACUACUUAUUGUUAUUACAGACUCUUAAAAAUUUGGAAAUGUGAUAUCAGCAAGCUAUUAAAGAUUAGAUGAACAAGACUAAAUGAUGAAUAUGGAUCCUGAUUUGAAUGAAGAUUUAGAUCAUUAAGAGGAUAAUGAAGAUUUUAAAGUUGAAUAUAGUGGUCAUCUGUUGCUAGGUGAUAGAGAAAUUUAGAAAUGGUUAGAGUUAUUUGCUUAGAACUUGCUGAAAUGUUUGUUAGAGCUUUCUAGUUACAGAGAUAUCUAAUCUAUAGUUUUGACUUUGCAGUUUAGUAGUCUGAGAAAGAUUGACAAAAAGAUAUAGUUAUAACUACAGAAAUUGAUGAUUGAUAAAAUAAAGUCGCAUUUGAAUCAGUGA